AUGCAAAGCGAACACUGCAUUAUUCCUCGGCUACUAACGCUGUGUGUUCAACAAGUCGACUUUUCUAGGCUCCCCCUUGGAUCCGACAUGGAAAUAGCAUCAGAGCUGCUUGAAAUCGGAAUGGUCCAUCGACUCCAUGUCUGGCGCCACUACGGAUAUAUUACCUUCCCAGGAGGUCAUCACGAAUCGUGGAUCGGAAGGAUAAGGGAGAUGAAACUAGUAACCUGUAUCGAUGCCGAAACAUUAUGCCGUGUCUUCGAGUCUGCUGCUAAACUAGAGAUUUUCUCGUUAAUCGUGCCGAAGGCCCAUGGUUUGGUUCAUCCUCCACCGGCAGCAGGCAGAGAUCUCAACUACGCACUAGUAAAAGUGGCCGGUACUUUAAAGGUGUUAGAGUUAAGGACUUGUCAAAACAGGUGGUUUCUGGACCAGCUUGGGCCGUCUCAUCUUCUUCACUGCUUACCUCUACUCGAGAAGCUUGAAACACUAACGGCUGAAGUAUCGCUUUUCUUUAGAAUCCAAAGAAAUACACUUAAUGCCAGGGGGUUUGUACUAUUUCCACCGAACCUCAUCUCGCUUCACGCGGCCGAGGUAUGGUUGAGUCCAGAAAUGUUCACUCGCAGAGAGUUAGGGAUGAGGGCUUUUUCUAAAAUAAUCGUCGCCUACCUUCAUUUUGGAUUAUUGCCCAAUCUAAAGCACAUUCGGUACAUUCCCGACGUUGUAGAAAGCCUUCUCGACCCCGACGAGCUUUACGCACUCAAGCAAAUGUUUGAUGCGACCCGUGUGUCUUUCUCUUCUAAGGCGGACAGCUUACCAAGACAGUUCUUUUACCCCCCUGAGCGACAAAUAUGA